AUUCAGGUUGCGGCCACAUCUCUUUGAAGUUGUCAAAAAUAGUUUACAUUUACAAACUCGGAAAACGAUUUCUAAACACUGUUCCAAAAAUGAAGUUUGUGUUUGCAUUCAGCCCGCCAGCACCACUCAUAGUGCCAGUCAUGGAAUAAGCCCGUAGAAUCCGGGUACCGUGGACGAGCUGUUCAAUAAGGUGAACGAAACACAACCGAAUACCUUUCAUGCACGAAGAUAAUGUUGAGCAAACCACGGAGCAACCACUUUCAGAGGUCGCACACUCUCCACAUCAACAACACUUCGCCGAGCUACCGCUGCCUGAGCACCUACGUGGACAGCAAGUUGCACACCCCGACCGAAGACCAUCCGCGCUGCUGACGGACCUCGCCUUAACACGCCGCCCGAUCCGCUCCCAUCACGAUGGUGGCGUUCAGAACACGCCCAACAAGGCGACGACCGACUACCGUGGCAGCGACUGUACGCUCUCGCUGACUCUGUCGUCGCCCGGACUCGCCACUCGCUGCGGCAUGAUCGUGGUCAGCUUCCUUCAGGCGGGGUCGCGUCGCUGGGCCAUCGGCUGUGCGCUGGCUUACCAGCACGACGCUUUCGUUCAUGUUAGUCUGUUAAAGAAAUGUAAGUAA